AUGGGCAACAAUGACCAAGCCCCAACUAAGCGUGACAAAACGCUUGAAGAUGCAGAUCGUGUGCAGGUGAAGCGUGCUUUGUGGCAAGGAGAUGCAAAACGCGUUAGUUUGGGGACUCUGCAUCAUGUUCUAGACGUUGAACAUGGAAAAGUGGAUACGUAUGGCGGAGCUGCCGUUGGAACCGGACGCAGAUCAACUAUUGUGAUUGACCCUCCUAUUCCUGCAGCGUUGGAGUUGAAGGUCGCAUUCAACGACGACGCAUUGGCAACCACCGAGUCACGUCGCAACAGCACUGACGAUGUAGUCACUGUUGAUGAUGUGAUCAAUACGAAACACGUGGCUUGUGGUGGUGCUAAUAAAGACACAAAGAAGACAAGACGACAUCCAAAACUUCCUGCCAAGGCAAAAAAGGAAAAAUGUGAAUGGACUUGUGGAUCCGGUGAGAUAGAACGUACUAUGGAGCCAAAGAUUGCGAGAGGCUGUCUGUAA